AUGAUUCACACUGUGGUUGGACGUUUUAAGGAAAGGCUUGGAGCUAUGCGGAUGACAAAGCAGGAAGUGCUAACUGCAGCGCUUCUCGUAUUCCUGCUGUAUGCUUCAUCGGUAAUGAUGUUUUUUGGCAUGAACUUCUGGCUUUGGUCCUUUAAAAAAGGACUUAAGCGAAGUUAUGCCAGCAUCCUUAUUCCAUCUGUGGGAUGGGCUUUGUUGUUUUUUGCUUCCUCAGUUAUGAUUCGUAUAAUAAAUUGGAUGAUUGGACGCUCUGAGAAUUUAUUUUUUGGUGGGGUCGGAGGGGCGUUGCUCUUCUUGUUAUAA